AUGGGCGAAGGGAUCGACACUUUGCACCCUGUACUCGCGUUCGGGGAGGUCGUUUUCCGACGUCCUUCUUCGAACGAAGCGGGUGGGUCUCGUCGAAGUGCUCGAAGAGACCAAGGACAUCAACAAUCAGCUGGACACGAGGCUCCCAGCUGUCCCACGCCGGUGGAUAGCCACGCCAGCGGACGAGGUAACUCGUCCGAACGCCAUUCAUAUCGCGGUGGUUCAAAACACGCUCCACUAGUAAGCGUUGACCACCGCUUGAGUCCACCAAAGGAUGUGGUGGCGGUUGUAACAUCCGAUCCGGCUCUAAGGUUGGAUCAGUUUGAUGGUCAAGAGCUGAACCAUCUAACGGAACAGUCGCAAGAUGACUUGGCUAAUGAACGAUCUCGGCUUUAUGGGCUUGAGGAUCGUGUGAGGGGUAACGAGAAUUGCUUGGCACACGAUCGCUUGGACGAUCGUGCCGCUUUUGCGUUUGUGGUGGAGUGGGGUUCUCUCAUUUUUUGA